AUGGCUACUCUCCGUCUACUGCUCACUGUGGCCGGUUUGGUUAGCGCUGCGAGCGAUGUGUCGUGGCAAAGCUUACAGGAAGGAUUGACGGCCUGGGAAGCCUUUGGCUUCGAUACCAGCUUUUCCUAUUCGGUCACAAGAGACAAUCGCAGCUUAUUUCAAUAUCCGGCCUCCCAUGAUCCAACAACGCUCGCCUGGAGCGACGGCGCUGUGCAGAUUUUCAUUGCUGGGGCAAAGAGUGACCUGCUGCGCAACGUCACGGUGCCCGUGGUCAUGGCCAUUUUUAAAGGGAAGGACCCAAGCUUGACCACUGGAGAGAAAAGUGUGAGCCGUGAUGAACUCUUAGAGGAAGGAGGUGGCGUGACGUUACCAGCACUGUUGGCUGCCCGUGGGGUGUCUCCACAGCAUCCACAGCCGGGAUGGCCCUUGAUUCAGCGAGCGCUGGACCUUUGGGCAGCUAUGGGAUGGGACAAGAGUUUCACCUUCAACGUGGGCACUCGGAAUGGAACCGUCUUCACCUACACCAAAGGUACCACCGACAUGAACAGGCGCUUGCCCGGUGCUAGCCUUUCGAAGUGGCCAGCAACGCUGACGAUCGCUGGUUUGGUGGCAGAUGGUACUAUGUCUUUCGACGACAAAGCCAACAAAUACCUGGAUUGGUGGUCCAAAGAUCCAAGCGAUCCACGAAGCAACAUCACUUUGCGCCACCUUCUGACCUUCCAGUCAGGAUACACCUCGGAUCCACGGGUGCUGUGUCAGUACAAUCCCUUCGCGAACUUCUUGAAGUGUGCUGAGACCUUGUACAAAUCCGCCAAGAUCUCGUCUCCACCAGGAAAGACCUGGUCCUACAUUUCCAUCCACCUCCAAUUGGCUGCUGCCAUGGCAGUAAGCGCUUCGGGCCUGGCACCGGACGUGAUCUUCCAGCGAUAUCUCUACCAACCCUUAGGCAUGAACGGCACCAGCUGGUUUCCCAAGAAGAAUCCCAUGAUGGCCGCGGGGAUCGUUACAACUGGAGCAGACUUUGAAAAGAUGCUAAACAAGAUGCUCAGCUACGAGUUCUUGGGCCAGAAAGUCUUGUCCGAGAUGGAAGAAGAUUGGUCGGCGCCUGUCUCCCCCUGCGGCGAUGGCUGGUUCGGACACUAUGGAAUGGGUCACUGGUUCGACUGCAUGGGCUAUGGCUCAGGACAGGCGAAAGGGAGCAGUGCCCAGCUCUCGCAGUGGUGCGCGGACGAGAAGAUCCAAGCAGGACCUGGUGCCUUUGGAUUCUUCCCCUUGAUCGAUCGUAAGAGAGGUUACUACAUGCAGAUUGUUCUUAAGGAGGAUUCGAAGUGUCGGAGCGAGAUCCCCGAGUAUCUUCGCAUCUUGGCAAAGCCCUUGGUGGACGCCAUCCUGGAGAAGCGCAGCGCUACGGAGCGGGAGCUCUUCGAAGGACGCGGCGCUCUCAUCCUGCGAGAGGUUUACGACAUCUACAAGUCGCUUCCGCCCAGAUGUUGGCCCUUGGGCGAGCAGAUUCAAAUCUAA